CUCUCCCCGGCGAUGGCUUCUCCCCGGAUCCUCAGCACCAUCCUGGCCCUGCUCAGCCUCCUGCUGCUCCUGGCCUCCCUGGGCUCUGACCACUGGCUGGUGGCCAACAGCCGCCUCAUCACGUCCUAUUCGGGGCUGUGGAAAGUCUGCGUCAAUUCAGGGUGUUGGAUGUUUGCUUCAGUGCCAGGUUACAUUGAGGCCACCAGGGCUUUCCUGUUCCUGGCCAUGAUCGCCGGGUUUCUCUCGUUCUUCGCUCUCAUCGCUUCGUUCUUCCGCUCCCACAUCUGCUCCGUGUCCCUGACCCUGGUCUCUGCCGUGGGCAGCUUCAGCGCAGGGCUCUGUGCCAUGAUCGCGCUGGGCGUGUACACAGGGGAGUUCACUGGGGCCGUGAAUGUCCCACCAGGCCAAGUCACCUUCGGUUGGUCCUUCGGCCUCGGCUGGGCCUCCUUCCCCCUCUUCCUCAUCACUGGUGCGGUGAUGAUGUUCGUCCAGAAACCGCCCUCGAGCUGAGCCUGGGGCCGUGCUGCCUGAGGGGGCCGGAUGCAGCCUGCAGCGUCACAGGGCCGCUUCCCUCAACAGCCCCGACAGGGAAUGGGGGGUAUCUGUGUAGCCCUCGUCUAUCUCUACCCUGGGAGCCCCCCCAACCUCCAGCUCCCCCCACACACAUUCCAGCCCCGUCCUUUGG